AUGAGGAUAGAUGUUGAUGGAUUGGAAGUACUUUUCCCAUAUGAAUAUGUCUACCCGGAGCAAGUGUUGUAUAUGCAUGAGGUGAAGAAAGCGAUUGAUGCUCAGGGGCAUUGCCUUUUAGAAAUGCCUUCUGGUACGGGAAAGACAGUAUCUCUCCUCUCCUUGGUUAUUGCGUACAUGAGAAGAUUUCCUGAUCGCUUGGACAAACUGGUGUACUGUUCUCGUACGAUUCCCGAGAUUGAGAAGUGCAUGGAAGAGUUGCGUGCUCUAUACAAAUUCUACGAGCGUCAAACUUCGAGUGCUCCCCAAUUUGUGGCGGUGGCGAUGUCUGCUCGAAAAAAUCUCUGCAUAAAUGAAUCUGUAGCUUCGUUGAGACAAGGUCUUUUGGUGGAUGGUGGCUGUCAAAGGCUGACUGCUAGCUUUGUACGCGCUCGCCGUCAAUUUGACUCCUCCAUUCCGGCUUGUUCGUUUUUCGAGACUCUUAACGCUCAGCAACAGUUCAGUCUCCCACCUGGGAUAUACAACCUCACGGAUCUCAAACAACUUGGUCACGAGCGUAAUAUUUGUCCCUACUUUGUCGCCCGAGAAGCAAUCAGAAAGGCUCAAAUAGUGGUGUACUCAUAUCAUUAUAUUCUCGAUCCCAAGAUCGCUGAAUUGAUAUCCAAGGAUUUUAGCCGCAGAUCGUGUGUGGUAUUUGACGAAGCUCACAACAUCGAUAAUGUGUGCAUCGAAUCAAUGUCCAUUACCAUCACCCAAAAACAUACGGAAAAAGCUGUGCAGGAACUAGUUAAACUUGAUUCAGCGGUUCAACGAAUGAAGUCAGAAAAUUCUGAGCGGCUGCAGAAUGAGUACGAGAGGCUAGUCGAGGGGUUGAGAAGAUCAGAGCAAGAAAGAGCUAAUGAUGAACGGUUAGCGAAUCCCGUUCUGCCGGAUGCAAUUCUUCAUGAAGCAGUUCCAGGUUCCAUUCGAACGGCCCAACAUUUCGUUUUGUUCAUGAAAAGAGUCGUUGAAUACGUGCGGCACAGAAUGAGAAGCUCUCAGGUUCUUCUUGAAAGUCCAGCUGCGUUCGUGAAGGACAUCCAAGAUAGAAUGUACAUUGAUAGGAAACCUCUGAGGUUCUGUGCUGAGCGGUUGGAUAACCUGACACGAACGCUUGAGGUCGCAGAUGCUUCUGAUUUCCGGUGUUUGUCCCAGAUAGCAAUUCUAGCUACUCUAGUGAGCACAUACUCAAAGGGCUUUUCUGUGAUCAUUGAACCAAGUGAAUCGAAUCAACCAGCACAAUUAACUCUUUCCUGUAUGGAUGCCUCAAUUGCUAUUAGGCCAGUUAUGGAACGCUUCCAAACGGUUGUGAUCACGUCGGGAACUUUGUCACCGCUAGAAAUGUACCCAAAAAUUUUGGACUUUGAUCCAGCUGUCAUGGCAAGUCUCACAAUGACCCUUGCUCGUCCAUGUUUAAGUCCAUUGGUUGUAGCAAGAGGAAAUGAUCAGGUCGCAAUGACUUCUCGUUUUGAACAGAGAAAUGAUGUUGCAGUCAUUCGAAAUUAUGGUAAUCUCGUGCUAGAAAUGGCCUCUAUUGUUCCUGAUGGAAUGGUCGUAUUCUUCACUAGCUACGUGUACAUGGAACAGGUCAUAGCUGUGUGGUAUGAGCAGCAUGUGAUCGACGAGUUGAUGAAGUCGAAACUUCUAUUCAUAGAAACGAAUGAUGCUCUAGAAACAUCUGUAGCCUUGGAGAAGUAUGUUGAUGCAUGUGACAGUGGUCGAGGGGCAUGCCUUUUUUCCGUGGCUCGAGGAAAGGUCUCGGAAGGAAUUGAUUUCAGUCAUCACCUUGGUCGAUGCGUAAUAAUGUUGGGGAUUCCCUAUGUAUACACGGAAAGUCGGAUUUUGAGAGCGAGACUGGAGUACCUCCGGGAUCAAUUUGCAAUAAAGCAAGUGGUAUUGGAGAACGAUUUUCUCACGUUUGAUGCAAUGCGACACACAGCGCAAUGUAUGGGACGAGCUCUUAGAGGCAAAACGGAUUAUGGACUUAUGAUUUUUGCUGAUAAGAGAUUUUCUCGUCAAGAUAAACGUGGUAAACUUCCCCGCUGGAUGCAAGAAUAUCUGGAGGCGACAUCAAUAAAUUUAAGUAUCGACGAAGCAGUGCAGCUGGCUCGAAGAUGGCUAGCUCUCAUGGCUCAGCCGUUUACAAAGGCUGAUCAGCUGGGAAUUUCUCUUCUUACUUCUGAUAUGUUAAAUCCAAAAGCUAUGAAGAAAUUUGAAAAAGUUGUUGAGCAUGUUGAUUAA